CCACGCGUGAGGACGCACCGCCUCUCUCUAGGACUGCCUUUGCCCUGCUUUCGCCGUCUUGUUAGUGGCUGCAUCCAACUUCCAUCAAGAGCUCACCAAUAGCUGACUAGGUCCCGCCUUUUGGCCGGCCAGGAAGAAUUUUCCAAUGGGCUUCCUUUCGGGGUUUGGGCUGCCGGUUGGUUUUGCUUAUCGCUCGGGUAAUUCAAGAUGGCAGAGGUCGCGAACGAGCGAGCUGCCGUUGGCAUUUAAAGACGCCGCCUAUGGCCUUGGCAAGAUCGCAGUGCCAGCCAAGGGCCUCCUAUCUCCUCAGGUCGUCCUGUGGAGCCGGUCCUAGGCUCAAGGCAGCACUGCCUGUCCUGGUCUUUCCCGUCGUCUUUCGUGGGCAAUCAGGCCCUGGCCAGGGUAGUGCCGACGAAGGAGGAGGAGUUGUUUGGCGCCGUCCUCCCCCGAAGAACCUCUACGAACUGCUGGGAGUGCAAAGCAACGCCACUCAGGCCCAGAUUAAGACUGCUUACUAUAAACAGUCCUUUCUCUACCACCCAGACCGCAAUGCGGGCAGCGUGGAGGCAGCUGAGCGCUUCAUCCACGUCACUCAGGCCUAUCAGGUGUUGAGCAGCCUCAGCCUGCGCAAGAAGUACGACCGUGGCCUCCUCACCCAGAAGGACAUUUCCACUGCUAAGAAGCCCUCUGGCAAGGAUAGAGCAACGGCUCAGACAGUGUCCAAGAGGAGCCAGUCUUUCACAUUUGGUCAUCCUCCAGGCAAGCCCAUCUUCAACUUUGACGAAUUUUACCGAGCCCAUUAUGGUGAGCAGUUGGAACGGGAGCGCCUUAUGCGGCUAAAGCAGCAAAAAUUGCAGAAGCAGAAAAUGGCCAUGAAGGAGGAGACGCACAGACUAUUUGAUAGUUUUCUCCUCGUGCUGUUUUUAUCAGGCGUCAUGAUCUUACUCAGAUUCCAGUGAAGAGACAAAAUCUGUGCUAACCUCAUAUGCUGAUUUCUUGUAGAAGCUUCUGAAGCAGGCAAAACAGGACAUUGCCAAGAGAUUUGUGAUCUUCUACUGCAGGGCACCCAGCAGUGUUUGGGUUAUAUGAGCAAUCUUUUGGGGAGCCUUCAUCUAGUGCCCAGAAGACUUUACAAUUGCAGAAGGAUUUGAAGCAAUCAUAGCUUUAAGUGGGUUAAUUGUCCACGCUUAACAACGUUGGGAGAAGAAAUGUAGGUGCUUGCCAAUGUCAAAUACUAAGUGAUCACCAGUUGCCACUUCUAUAGCAUGAAAUUCUUCCUCCUUCUCUGAGUCAAGAAUGGAAGGAUUUGAGGUUGUUUUUCCUUUCUUUUCAGAAGAGUUGAAAUUUUGCUGCUUUUGGACAGGCUUAUUUAUAUUAUUGUUGAGACUUGUUCUGGAUUUGGGCCCAAAGCUGCUACUGUAGAACGUAAAAGGGAAGAGAGAAAUUUGAAUGUUACAAACAAAUAUUUCAUUUUUGUUAAGCAUUCAAAGAGAAGGACUUUUCUGCACAGUUUGACUUCUAGUGUUGAUACCCAAUCAUGUCUGUACUGUAAAUGUCAUUUAAUUGGAUAAACUCUACUUCACCACUGUGGGCUUUUUGCAGUUUGUAUUGUAAUAGCUGGUGCUCUGGUUUCCUUUGAAUUCCUAACAGAUUCAAGCCAAAUAUAUAUAAACUUUGUUUGAAAACUUCAAAAGGACAAAGAACGAGGAUACAUGUUUUUGAACUGUCUUUAACUGUGACAUCUUUUACAUUAAACAUUGGGGAUGACCUAGAA